CAGAAACUUUCAACUACACACGCGCGCGCUGCUCACUGCUGACGCAUCCAGCGAGGUUUGAACGCUCGUGUUUGGAUAUCUUAUCUGUGGAGUCUCCGGGGGACAUUCGCGUAUCGUCACGGAAGUAUUGCGGGAACCAGAGGUAAUCUGACUCUACAGCUCAAGAUGAUUAAAACACCACUCACCACUUUCUUUAUUGCAAUUCUGCUGAGCUGUAGUGAAGCGAAGCCAAACGGAAAGAACAGAAAGCAAAAACAAGUUGUUCCUGCCUUAAAUUGUGACGUAAGGGCCGGGAGGAUCAAAAUGCCUGAAUUUAUUGUAAAGUGUCCCGCAAACUGCAGAGAGACCAAAGAGAGGGUGUACGGGACAGCAGUGUUUGCUUCUAUAUCCAGUAUCUGCAACGCAGCCAUUCACAGCGGGGUCAUCACUAACUCAGGAGGAAAGGUCAUUGUGAAGAAGAUGGCAGGACAGGCCAUCUACAAAGGCAGCUUCUCCAACGGUGUCCGGUCUCUGUCCUUACCCAACUGGAGAGAGUCGUUUUCAGUCUCAGUGGGUAAACCAAAGAAAGGAGUGAUCUAUCCAUCAACUCUGGACUACACCGCCUCACGACCAACAGCUGUGAAAACAGAUGUUUCCAAAGAACCACCAGAGUCCACACCGUGGCCCGUAGUAGCUGCAGAACUCGGCUUUACUACAACAACCUCAGCUCCACCCACAACCACAACAGUGGCAUUUCCCAUCACCACCACGGUCCUGUCCAUCACAACAACAGCUAAACCACGAGUCACUGUGCAUAAAGUUCGAGAGGCAGGCAGCAGUCAUCCGUAUUUCAGCUCUAUAGCACGACAGUCACAGAAUGUCGAAGGAAAAGGACCCAUGCAAGCAUUUAGAGGCAGCUCCAUCUAUGCCAAUAGAUUUUCACCCCGAACAAACACAGGUGUGCAGAGAUCAGAAACCAGCAGCACCGUCCGCAGACAGCCACAGGUUCCCUCAGCUUAUAGUCGUGUCCAGUCGUCGCAGCAGACAGCACAGUCUAAUCCCGCAUUUGCAAGAAGAGAUUUGGCACACCCUGCAAACACAGACUGGUUCUCUGGCAGCAGGAGACCAACAGAUAGUAGUCACUCUCUGUCAAGCGCUGGCUACAAAUGGGGCAGAGGGAGCAGUGGUGAAUCUACGGCGCGUGAUCCAGGAACUGACAACACAGAGCACAAGCACUGGUUGCAUAACUUUGGACAGUACUCCCCUGAAUCAGACGAGCACAAGCUUCUGUUGGAGACAAGCCACACCAGAGAGGCACCAACUGAAUCAUGGGAGCCUGAUUCAAACCCGUUGGACUCAGGCAUCAGUGUUCGAGGACAGGAACCAGCAGCCAGAGCUCUCGAGAUCAGGACUCAAGGAGAUCCAACCUGUAAAGUGGAUGUGGCGUUCCUCAUGGAUGGCAGCUGGAGCAUUGGCAAGCGCCGAUUUAAGAUUCAGAAAGAUUUUCUGAUGGAGGUCUCUCAGGUCAUGAAUGGGGGUGUAGCUGGACCCAUGAUGGGCAUCAUUCAGUAUGGGGACGAUGCAGUGACAGAAUUCAGUCUGAAACAGUUUUCCAACUCAAAAGACCUGAAACCAGCAAUAAGUAAAAUAGCCCAGAAGGGUGGCCUUUCUAACGUGGGGAAGGCCCUCUCCUACAUCAACAAGCAUUUCUUCAGUGAUGCCAAUGGGAACAGAGGUGGGGCGCCCAACGUGGCUGUGGUCCUGGUGGACGGCUGGCCUACAGACAGAGUGGAGGAAGCCUCACGUCUGGCCAGAGAGUCUGGCAUCAACAUCUUUUUUGUCACCAUUGAAGGUCCAGAUGAAAAUGAAAAACAGAAUGUGGUUGAACCCAACUUUGUUGACAAGGCCGUGUGCAGGACUAACGGCUUUUUCACGCUCCCGGUACAAAGCUGGUUUGAUUUGCGUAAAGCCGUGCAGCCCCUGGUCAAGCGAGUGUGCGACACAGAGCGCCUGGUGUGCAGUAAGACCUGUCUCAAUGCCAAUGACAUUGCCUUCAUCAUCGACGGCUCCAGCAGCGUGGGGACCGGAAACUUCCGCACCGUGUUGCAGUUUGUGGCAAACGUGACACGGGAGUUUGAGAUCUCGGACACGGACACUCGUGUAGGAAUCGUGCAGUACACAUACGAACAGAGGCUGGAGUUUGCUUUCGAACAGCACAAUAACAAAGCAGACCUGCUCAACGCUAUCAAGCGUAUAAACUACUGGAGUGGAGGCACCAGCACUGGAGCGGCUAUAACAUUCGCUGCUGAUCAACUCUUCAGCAAGUCCAAACCCAACAAACGCAAGAUCAUGAUCGUCAUUACAGAUGGCCGCUCCUAUGAUGACGUGCGGGCCCCUGCGCUGGCAGUACAUCGUAAAGGUGUGGUCGCCUACUCCAUUGGUAUAGCCUGGGCCGCACAGGAUGAGCUGGAAUACAUUGCCACUGACCCCGACAGAGAGCACUCGUUCUUCGUGGAUGAGUUCGACAACCUCUACAAGUAUGUGGCAAAAAUUAUUCACAACAUCUGCCAAGAGUUCAACUCGCAGCCACGAAAUUGAAGCAGGUCUACUGAUUUGGAGCUUCUGGUAUACGUUUCAUAAGAGAUGUUCGACCAGUUCAUAAUCGGCAGUGUAACAGUAUUACAUGUUUUGAAUAGCAGGAGGUCAUCCUUUUCAUAUGGACGCUUUUGAAGAAAAUAAUGUACUAUUUGCUUUACUAUUUUGCCGUUUUGUUAUAAAAAAAUAAUUAACACAUGUAAAUCUACUACAGCUACAGAUGCCUUUAGAGCCCAAUGUAGUGUUAUAGGAUGGCAGUGUUGUGUUUACGAUGACUUUGAUAAAUUGAUGCAUGAAACACAUUUGAAGUUAAUUGUCUCAACAGAGACAACUGCUUUUAGUAGAAAACCCAAUAAACACAAUAAUACAGUUUUAUAUAUAUAAUAUAAUAUGCUUAUUCAUAUAUAAUUGUUUCUGUAGAGAAAAAUGUUUGUAAAGUGGAAUGAAUGCUCACGUCCAGUAUUAAAGGAGAAGUUUUAAAAGAUUUAA